AGGGAGAGAGGGGGAGAGAGAUAAAGAGUCAUAGCAAGAAAGGGAGAGAGAGACACGAGAGGGAGAGAGAGGUUUUUCGGAGGACAGAACCGUUAGAUAAUCGCUUUUAUUCUCAAAUCUGACAAUGCGCUUCCAGUUGCCGCCUGUCCCCAACCACCUGCUGAACCAAUGUAGAUGAUGUGGAAUUAAUACGGAUAGGAGAAAAAACACUCCAGAUUAGUUCCCGAAAGUGAACGCGCUGUACAUACUCUGUAGGGACGGACCUGUGUUGCGGGGAGACGAGCAGUUCCCACUGGGCACAGACGUCAAUUCAAAGUAUAUUUCACGUGAACAACGUCGAUUCAACCAGUGUGUGCCCAGUGGGUUGUGUUUGGAACAAGACAAGAGCUCUCGGGGUAGCCUAAACAUGGACAGACAUCACUCCCAUUUCGUUUCGUACUUUGUUUUCGCUCCCGGUCAGUUUUUGAAUAGGCCCACCAUAGUUCCGUAAAGUUGUCUGCGUGCAGCGGAGCGCACAUAUGGCUGGUCAAUUUGAAGGAUGUUGACGCGAAAUAAUUCGCCUAUGAUGGAAGUCAAUUCACCAUAAAGUAAGAGAGGAUAAAACGAGUUGUCAGCGACGGUCCGCGGCCCUCUUCCUGACCACCUGACCACACACACACACACACACACCACCUGAACACACACACCGUCCCAAUGCCACCAUGCCCAUCAUCAGCAACGCUAACCAUGACUUCACCAACUACUCGGUCAGCAGUGACAACAGCAGUCUGGACCGCUUCUUCACAGAGAUCCCCGAGACAGAGACAGUCAAGGGAGUGUACUAUCAGCGCGCCCAGCAGCUCCGCAACGACCCCAACGGGGCCUGGCCCUCUGUCGACCACACCCUGCAGGCCUUGAUCAACGUGGGGGGUAACCGCUACACGUUCCCCUGGACCACCCUGGAGCAGUUCCCUCUCACCCGGCUUGGGCGGCUUCGUCUCUGCUCCAGCCCCGAGGGCAUCGCCAGCCUCUGUGACGACUACGACGAGACCCAGAGGGAGUACUUUUUCGACCGGAACCCCACAGCAUUCCGGGUCAUCUUGAACUUCCUGGCGGCCGGGAAGCUCCGCCUCCUGCGAGAGCUGUGCGCGGUGUCACUGCACGAUGAGCUGGACUACUGGGGGGUCGACCCCUCCCACAUGGAACGCUGCUGCCGCCGGCGCAUGUUGACACGUGUCGAGGAGGUGGCGGAGCGUGAACGUAAGGAGGAGGAAUGGAGACAGAGGAGGAUGAAGCUACAGAGGCUUCCCCUGUUGGCUGAGACGGAGACGGGCUACCGCAGGCUGAUGAGCAGGUUGAGAGAGGUGGUGGAGAACCCCCACUCUGGCUUGGCAGGGAAGAUGUUCGCCUGCUUCUCUGUGAUCAUGGUAGCUGUGACAGUCAUCAGCCUCUGUAUCAGCACCAUGCCUGAUCUACGCCAAGAGGAGAGCAAGGGCGAGUGUUCCCAGAAGUGUCGUCACAUGUUUGUUGUGGAGACGGUGUGCGUAGCCUGGUUCUCCUUGGAGUUCAUGCUGCGGUUCCUCCAUGCUCGAUCCAAACUAGAAUUUGCCCGCGGGCCCCUGAACAUCAUUGAUGUUGUGGCCAUCCUACCCUACUACAUUUCUCUGGUGGUGGUGGAAAACAACACUCUGGAGGAAGGCAGUGCAGGAGCAGGUAGGGGGUACCUGGACAAGCUGGGUCUGGUCCUGCGGCUGAUGCGUGCGUUGCGUAUCCUGUACGUGAUGCGGCUGGCGCGCCACUCCCUGGGCCUCCAGACCCUUGGCCUGACCAUGCAGCGCAGCACCCAAGAGUUCAGCCUCCUCCUGCUCUUCAUCACCGUCGGCAUGGCCCUCUUCUCUCCCAUGGUGCACCUGGCCGAGAGCGAGCUGGCGCCCAACGCCGCCACAGCGCCCCAGCACAGCUUCAGCAGCAUCCCAGCUUCCUAUUGGUGGGCCAUCAUCUCCAUGACGACCGUGGGCUACGGGGACAUGGUGCCGAGGAGCAUCCCGGGUCAGGUGGUAGCGCUGAGCAGCAUCCUGAGUGGAAUUCUCAUCAUGGCGUUUCCUGCUACUUCCAUCUUCCACAUGUUCUCCAGGAGCUACCAGGAGCUGAAGCUGGAGCACGAGAGGCUGUGGAAGGAGGAGACGGGGGCCGCUCUGGCCGCUGACAACCUGGAGAACCGGAGGGAAAGGGAGGUAGAGAGGGAGGCGGAAGUAGAGAUGAAGGCGGAAGCUGUCGCGGAAACGGACAGCUACUGGCCCAGACGCCGAGACUUUGUGGAGUCUCUGUGCCAGUCCCCAGGCUAUGCUCCCGGCUUGGGGGGGAAAGAGGGAUGAUGGGAGGGAUGACAGAGGGGCAGCAGGCUAUACUCCCGGCUGGGGGGAACAGAGGGAUGAUGGGAGGGAUGACAGAGGAACAGCAGGCUUUACUCCCGGCUGCAGCAUUCUGAUCUGAAGAAGGAUACCAGACCUGAUGCUAACUCCUACAUUGUAAAAAGUGGGAUGACACUGUUGUUCGUCUGAAUUCCUUUUUCAGAUUGGUAUAAUAGAAAAUUAGGCUUUGGUUCAUUCAACUUGUUCUAUGCUAUUUGUCUGAAAUCAAAUAACACAUUUGAGAGAUCAGUUUUCUCCUUUUUUUGAUCUUGUCUCAUCGCUGCAACUCCCCAACGGGCUCGGGAGAGGCGAAGGUGGAGUCAUGCUUCCUCCAAAACUUAACACCCGCCCGCUUAACCAAGA